CCACUGAGACAGAAGGUGCAGAGCUCACGGCAAAGCAAGCACGGCCUCGUCUGAUAAAGGAUGCUUGAGUCGUCUAACAGCGACGGCCAGCGCGCCAGGGUUCUCUACGAUUUCGUGGCCCGAAACGCCAACGAGCUGUCCGUCCAGAAGGGCGAUGUGCUGCAGGUACAGCUGAGCGUGAGAGAGGAGGAGGAGGAGGAGGAGGAGGACAGAGCGUGGGAAACAGGAGUAGAGAAACAGGAGACUGGGGUCAAUCUGGGGUCAUGGUCUAGAUUGUUCUGUGGGCUGAUGUAAUGGUUACAAAUGGGCAGCACACACUAGAAAUACUGUACACUGGCAGGAUGCUUGAAAAAAAAAACAACUUUAAAUAUGCAAAAACAACAAAAAUGUAGCUUAAUUAACCUGCAUUAUGUCGCAGUCAUGAACAAACUUUGUAUCUGCAAAACGGCAAGGAGAAGGAAGAAACCUUCAUAACUUUCAGGGGAAAACAGAGUAAAAAUAUUAUUCUGGAGCAAUAUAUGUGCAUACAUUUAGAUAUAAAAAAUAGCCUCAUAAAAGCCUCAAAACUGAAAAAGCAAAGAAACAAAACUAAGCUGAACUGUGCUUAAAUGUCAAUGUUUAAUAAUAUGAUUAAGCUUUAAUUAAAGCAAGAUAAACUAAUGUAAGGCUCUGCCUCUGAACAUACAGGAUGUUCUGAAAUUAAACGUUUUGUCUGAAACCAAAAUGAACACAGCAAAAAAAAAAAUGUAAGGUUUUCGUGAAUCUUGGAAGUGUGAAAUAUUUUGCAAUUUGGUGGGCAGACACA